AGCCAUACUUCAAUGUGACAGUACAUACAAAGGAGCUGAUUAAAAUUAUAAAAUCAGACUGCUUAGAUAAUGACCAAAUUUUAAGUAAAUCUGUUCGAACUCUUUUACACCCUGAAACUAUGUGUUGUGGUCAGAAAUUAAAUUCAAUAUAUAGUAAAGGUGUGAAAAUAUACAGUGGAUGUUAUGACAUAAAGUCUGAGAAUGCUGUAGCUUUCAAGAAGAGUUGUAUUUUGUGUGGUAUGAUUUAUAAUCCAUGUUAUAAAAGAAAUGCUACAUCGCGAACUUACAUUAUUAAUGAUGAGAUAUUUGGCGCUACUACUCAAACAUACUUUACAACAGCGUUCUUAGAAUUUGUAAACCGUCUAGUUGCACUUGGAUCAGUAACCUUUGAUGCCAUAGCAGAGAUCUUUAAUGAUAGCAUGGACAAAAAUGAUGAAAAGGUUUGCUCUAAACGAAUAGGUAAUUGUUUCCGAUAA